AUGACAUCGAAAAGUGUAUUCGUCGUCGGAGCGAACCGCGGCAUUGGCUUCAAUCUCGUCAAGGCCUUCAUAGCAGAAUCCUGGGAGGUAACCGGCACAGUUCGCCCACAAACUUGUGCGGACAAGGAUCCCACUGUUGCCGAGAAAACGGGCGCCAAGAUCCUCGAGCUCGACUACCUCGAUGAAGAGACCAUAGAAAAGGCGGCCGCUGCCUACGGGGACAAACCUUUGGACAUGCUCGUCGACCUCGGCGGCCUCCCGCCUAAGCCGGGGCACUGGCAUGAGCAGACGGCCGAGGUGAUGGUUGAGAAAUUCCGCAUCAUGACGGCAGGGCCGAUUAUAACCACGGAGCACUUUCUGCCGAAGCUGGAGAGCGCUACCGACGCCAAAAUUGUCAACGUCUCCUCCGCCUUCGGCUCUGUUUCUAGUGUGGUGACCAAGGCUUUCGAGUGGGAACCCGAGGGCCCCCAGGGCCCCCUGAUCUGCGUGGAGCCCGGCUUCCCCUCCACCCGGUUGACAGGCUGGGACGGGGAGGAUGACAUGGACACCUGGAUCGCCCGCCUAAUGAAGGUCUCAAGGAAAUCACGCCGAAGGAUAAUGAGGCUUUCUUUUUUGUGA